AUGACCAAGACCACGAGGUUGAUUGCAGCCAUCAUUGGCGAUGCUGCCAGGCACAUCGACGAGGAAACCAGUAGAAAACUCUUCUGGACCGUCAACAAACGGAUCCUCGCAUGCAUGCUAGGAACCUACUUCUGUCAGUCUCUCGACAAGGGAACUCUUGGCUUCGCAUCUAUCAUGAACAUCCAGAACGACGCCCAUCUCGUCGGACAGCAAUAUUCCUGGCUAGGAACAAUCCUUUACAUGGGCGUACUGGUGGUGGUCGCCUGCUCCGCUGCUGCCACCAACUUUGCUGGCUUAAUGACCUGUCGAUUCUUGCUUGGGAUAUUCGAAUCUUGUGUUCAGCCCGUCUUCAUCAUCAUGACUUCCAUGUGGUAUACAAAGCGAGAGCAAGCUGUGCUCACCUCAUUGUGGUACUGUAUGACGGGUGUCCAGCUCAUGGUCGGUGGCAUCAUUGCUUGGGGAGUAUCGGACUACACGAAUGCCGUCAUCUUCCCAUGGCAGCUUCUAUUUCUCGUCCUCGGCCUAGCCACCUGCGCCUGGGCUGUCUUUCUCGGCUGGUGGCUGCCCGAUUCGCCCAUGCUUGAGGCUGUUACUGACCCUGUUGUCUGGUGCUACGUUAUGCUCCAGCUCACCUCCACCCUCAUCAUUGGCGGUCUAGGUGUUUUCUCCAACCUCAUUAUCGCCUCGUUCGGCUUCACCUACCUCCAGACCCAGCUGCUCAAUAUUGCCCAAGGCGUCGUCACCAUCAUAGUCAUGGUCGGCAGUGCCAGCUUGGCAACGUGGACAAAGCAGACGGCUUGGGUGAUGCAUGCUUGGACAGUUCCCGCCAUCCUUGGAACGGCCAUCAUCUACACCAUCCCCCCAAACGAGUCUAACCGUGUGGGAUUGCUCAUUGCUUUCUACUGCACCCAGUUCUACCUCGCCGAAGGAAAUCUCAUCUUCUCCCUCAUCUCCCGAAACAUUGCAGGACAGACCAAGAAGUCAACAACCCUAGCCAUCGCCUUUGUCGCGUGGGCCGCGAGAAAUAUGGCCGCCCCUCAGAUCUUCCAGCAGUCCGACGCCCCCCGAUACCAGAAGGGCUUCACGGCCCACUUUUGCCUCUACGUGCUGUUCAACCUCUUCCUCGUCGUGCUCCGGCUGCUGCUCGUCCGCCGGAACCAGGCCAAGCGGUUUGCCCACGCCGGUCUUGCUGCCAACGAGACAGGCGGCGACUUGGCCGAGGAGACGGGUGACGAGAAGAUUCGGCACGAGCAUGCCUUUGAGGACUUGACGGAUAAGGAGAAUCUGGACUUCCGGUAUGAUGUGUAG